AAAAAUUCCGUGGCUUCAUCUUGUGAGGGUGAGGGUAAGGGUGUCAAGAGGAUUGAGAAGUGCUCGCAAAAAAACGAAUACUUUUGCUGGAUGACCCACAGAUGACGAGUCGACUCAUAAUCUGUCUGGCACCCCAUAAUAUCGGACAGCUGUCGUUUUUUUGUCGCAUUCCCCACUCCUUGGUCUCGCAAAGCCAUUCCCAACUCGUCCCUUUCCCAGUCGGAGCCCGAGCAAAUAUCUUCAAAUUCGAAGAAUAUUUAUGGCUUGCGUUUUGUUUCUUUCUCUCUGCAACUGUGUCAGCGGGACCGUGAUGAAUUUGAAAGGGAACUUCAAUUUUGCUAGCCUAGUGUAGAUAGUCGUCUAAAAUCAUAUGAGCAUCAUGUCGACUUCGACAUACAACGAAGUGCAAGUGCAUGCGCAUGGGUAUGAAUUAGCAAAUUCGUAUUCUCUACUUUGUUAAUAAUGUAGUUGUCCAAUGAGUAUGCAGAUGUAGAAGUUGAAGUUUAGUUAGUGCAACAAAGUAGAAGUGGAUCCGAUGAAGGAGCAGGAAUGAUUGAAGAUCUUCUGGCAUCAUGAUGACUGAAUCAUUGAGAUUGAUUUCAUUGAGAUUGAUUUUAGAGCACAUCACUAAGUAGAACUAGAAAUUAUCCAUGGUGGAGGAGGGUUGAAAGUGUGUAGUAUAAGUUGUGGUCGUGGGUUGUUUCCAUGUUAUAGAAUGUGUCGACUCGGUAGCCUCCUUUCAGCUUUCCUUGUCCUUAGGAUUCUUUACUCCGACGGCGUGCUGGUUGUCAAUGCGCAAAUCACGAAGCCUCCGACGACAUCGACCCUCGCUUUGUCAAACGGGUUCACGAUCUACCACCCGAUCGUGGUAACGAAUAAAACUCGGUGUUGGCCGCUGAAGCCGGAGCUCUGUCCAGCCUACAAGAAGGCGAAUCCGUGGAAUUAUGCCGAGUGGUUGAACCAGACCGAGUGGGGACCACGACGGCCUCCAGUGAACACCUCUGUAGUGCAUCGGCGGCUCAGUCAAGGUUGCAUCCCGGGUCUCACGGGAUUGCAGGUGCAGUUUCCGUUGCAGCAAAAGAACGGGAACUACGAACUGUAUUGGGGAGAUGGACGCCUUUUUUUGCCGUUUCCGCAAGACACGGCACCGGUGCCGGGGCUAGGUUUGAACUCGCACCCACUGACAGCGUGCAAACCAGAAUUGCCGAUGGCAAUACGCGAAAUCGAUCCGAAUCCGCAAGAAAUCAUCGCACAAAACCUUCCCUCCUUCGACAUCGGACCUAUGCACUUCUGCACACAUGAGAAAGUGCUUACUUCUUAAGUUAGUUGUACCUGAUUUCUACGUAUCUGUCAAUACUACUCGUCUAUAAUUGUGAUGGUAAUGACAGAGGGCGGCGUCUCGUCCUCCUGACUUUCAUAGCUCUCUUUCUUUAGCAAUAAUCUAUAGAUACUACAUAUACAUUCACUAGAAUAACUGUUCAUCUACAUCGAGAUAGAUGCUCCCAGCACGACACGUUUGAUCUUCCUUCUUAUCACUCCUCCAAGAACCAACCCCGUCUACCACAAUUAGGCAAAGCAGCAAUGUUGUUGGAUGGAGUGUGGAUAUUACAUCAUGGAUGCGCGCAUCGUGGAUCGAGAUGGGAUGACGCAACCCAACGGACCCAUUUGCUGGUUUGCGUUGGAGCAUGGGGAGCUCCCCAUUCUGACGGAUCCAGACCAACGCAUUGACCCCGAUUACAGUGUGUGGAGGGUACAACGGCAAUCCGAAAAAGAGCGAGAAGACCAAAUCAACGAAGAAGCACUAAAUCCGAGCGGUAUCUAUAAAAAUGAUACAACAUACAUCUUUGAGUUGUUUAACAUCAUCUCCAUUAUAACGCAACCGACAACGAGGACUGGAGUAAUUUUUUCAACAACAUCAAUCAAUUUCAAGAGCAAUGAUCAUUAUGAUGCAGGAGUAAUUGAUGAACGUAGUUUUUUGCAGUCAUGACCUUGUACAACUAACUUCAGCAAUUCCGCAAGCCUAUUCUAAGCUUGUAACAUGUGUAAUGCUUUCAUUCGGCGUCCCAGGUAUGCUUUCAUUCGGCGGUAUUACGCAGGACACAAUGCAGUUCAUUGAUUUGGAGAGGGAUUACCCAAAACAGCGGAUGUUCGCAGGAAUUUCCAAGACCGUGAAUCCAUGCGCGUUUUGCCAUACACGUGGCGACUACGAUGCCGAAAAUAAACUCAUGAGCGUGCAGGUAUGUAUCAUAGCUACAAAAAUCUUAGAACAACAGUUCCAGGAGCACCAGUAGUUCCUGAUUGUUGUCGAUCAGUCUAUGUGAAAGUGAAGAGUGUUGUGAUCAUAUGCAUCUUUAGCUUAUCUAUGCGGCGCUUCCGAUGCAAGGGCAGCGCGUGAUUUUGACUUGCUUUUAGGUGAUAUACGAGCCACAUGUGAUUCAACCGCUAUUGCAACUUGGAGGAUUUCCUACAUUCGAUCACUGGGUGGCCUCGGGAAACAGAAGCGGGGGAUGGCUUUACGACUUUUUCGAAUUGCCGAUUUUGACAGACGACGAAAUCAAAAAUCUCACAAAUCGGGAUGCUGUUCUCGCGACGCAGAUCCAGUACAACAACAUGCAGAGAAGCGGUACAAUUACUACUCUUGACUGUUAUUUUAGUUUUUUCUCUUGUUUGCUAGGUAGAUACUUACUGGAAAUAGCAAAAUGCGAGAUCCUCACCCUUUUUUUUUGUCAAGAAGACUAACGUCGUCAUUCACAUUCUAUAAUUAUUGCUUUCCUCGAUAAAAUCUCAGGUCUACGCCUCUACGUGAAAGCCGAUAAUUACUUUGUAGAGUCCCGGUUUCAUGAGGAUGAAAGUUACUGGCCUGAGUAUCCUUUCUUCCAGCCAGGUGGUAAGAACUGGAACUGCUACCCUGGUCGGUCGGUACCCGUCCCAGACCUAAUUCCGUGGGCCCGUCCAAGUGCUGCCUCACGAGGUUCCAGUCCGGGUCUGUUUCGCCUUAUCGUGGCGCUGUGUCUGUAUGUUGUGCUUCAGUGGAGGUUUUGGGGUACGUCGCAUGCAGCUGCUGGAACCACUAGAAGUAGGGCCGCGAAUCUGGCGUCAACGCUUACCCUUCCUUCGUGGAAUAAGAUAAGCAGUGAGCAGUCCACGUAUGGUGAUGCUGUGCCAGCACCACAAAAGCAGCAACUACAGACUGCAGAUGCACCAAAAAUAAGUUCGUCGCGACGAUCUGUCAGCCUCAGCUUAUCGUCUAGCUCUCCUAGUUGUGAUGUAGAAGAUCUGCUUCCGCCUGUAGUUGAGAAGACUACACGUCAAAAGCACUCCUGCACCAUCGUAGACCCAGGCCUUCCACUGGAUGCCCACCAAAGGCAGAACCAGGACCACACGGAGCAAAAAAGGAAUGAAGGUGGUCCUCGUGUUGAACAUGAAAUACGACAAGGGGACGUAAAAACAACAACGAGCCUCACUGCGUCCUCGUCAUCGUGUCCACCUUCACGAUCACGUCUUUCCGAUUCCAUAUCAAGGAACAGUUUUCCAACGACAGUCACGAGCGUCGACGACGUCGAGCAUGUAGUUCGGAGACGACGGCGGAAAAGGACUGGAAUCGAGGAGGACAUAAGACGAACCAUAACCAAGACAUGGGAUGAUAAGACUCGGAGACGGUCCGCAAAGUCGAGAUAUGGGCGCCAUCAUGAGCAGCAACAAAGUAGAUGGCAACCUUGGCAGCACACUGACCGAGACGUGACCUAAAUCGAUGCAGAUGCACUGCGAGUUUCUCCUCCACUGACAACCAACAGAUCAACCCUAGUGCUAGCACACACAGUACACAUAUAACGGCGCCCUGGACAACAUCUUCUUUCCUCUUAUCUGACGAACUUGCGUAUCCCGCGGACAUCCAAUGAAUAGGAAACAAAUCCUUGAAAGGAGUCCUUUCAAUAUUCGGGGGCUUCUCCACUAU